AUGUGUGUGUUACGAAAGAGAGACAUGAGUGUGCUCCUGACCUACAAAAAAAUAAUUCUGUGCCCGAAGAAAAAAUUAAGCGCAGCAAAUCAGUUCUCUACAUAUUUCUACAUACCUCUUACAAACACGGUUACUUUUUUGACUGGUCCCUUUUGGGCCAACAGAAAAAUGGGCUCCCUUGAAGAGAUGGCUCAUUAUGAGAGAAAGUACACCCAAUACCAUGCUAUAGCCAAUCCGAUAAAAUUAUUUUUUUUAAAAAAGUAUUCGCAAAAUUGGAGUUCGUCCAUUCACCGUUGGAAGAUUCUUGAAUCUAUUGGGAAGAAUAAUCCAUCUUACUUGACUUCUUCCCAAGGAGACAACACAAAUUCGAAUGACACAACACAGGUGAGACGAAACACGUCUGAAAAGAAGAUGAAUGUAAAAACUUCAAAUGGUGAGUCAAAGUUAGAUGAAGAUUACUCAGGGAUAACACCAUAUGGCGAAGCAGAGAAAAUGCCAACAGAUACAGAGUCCCUUUUGUUUGAGAGGGACCCUGUUGCCAUGCAUCCCUGGAAGAAAAAGAGAAUGAACAACCCCCACUACAACAUAGAUCCUUCAGCCAAAACAAAAAAAAUACAAAUCUACUAUAACUGCGAAAUGACCGACAUGGAAAGAAAAAUUUGUAAAAUUAAAAAAUUCUUGCGAAAUGGAAAUCCCGUAGACAUUCUUUUAAUUUGUGAAAAACAAAGCGACUGCUACCAUAAGGUUAACCAAAAGAAAGAGGAGUGUGUAAAAAAAAAAAUUAACAAAACAAAUGAGGAAAAUACUUACGAAUGUGGAAUCACUUCGAUAUGCAAAGAUAAAAGUGACUUUACAAAUUCUGCUCUAUCACUACACCUAAGUGAAGCGAAGGGUUCCCCACAAGUGAAUGUCCGUGUGAAUUUCCUGAUGAGACACUUGGCCAAAAUAGCAAACGUGGAGGAAACAUUUUGGCAUGUCCAGAAUGGUAGGCGUGUCAUUCUGCUGAAGCUCUAUCCGAGAUGA